UCAAGCAAACUGCAGCCCGCCAUUGUGUAGAACCAGGCUCUGUAGAGAGAUAAGGGUGCUUGGCUGAAACUCUUCAAUAGCUUGACAAUUAUUUCACCCUGCCGCUUUUAUUUAGGAGUAAAUACAGUUACACAGGCUCCGGGGGGGAAAGACAUGUCAGCCAGCAGUCUUCUUGAACAGAGACCGAAAGGCCAAGCUAAUAAAGUGCAAAACGGAGCUGUGACCCAAAAGGAUACUUUGAAUGACGAUGAAUUUGAGCCUUACCUGAAUACUCAGGCCAGACAGAGCAAUGCCUAUACGGCCAUGUCGGACUCGUACAUGCCCAGCUACUACAGCCCCUCCAUAGGAUUUUCCUACUCCCUGAAUGAGGCAGCAUGGUCCACAGGUGGGGAUCCUCCUAUGCCUUACCUGGCCUCCUAUGGACAGCUGAGCAAUGGGGAACCCCACUACCUCCCGGACGCUAUGUUUGGCCAACCAGGCCCCCUGGGGAGCAACCCAUUCCUAGGUCAGCAUGGCUUCAACUUUUUCCCCAGUGGCAUCGACUUCUCAGCAUGGGGCAACAACAGCUCUCAGGGACAGUCGGGGACACCGCAGAGCUCUGGCUACAGCAGCAGCUACGCCUAUGCUCCCAGCUCACUUGGAGGUGCCAUGAUUGAUGGACAGUCCCCAUUUGCACCUGCUGCCAACGAGCCCCUUAACAAGGCACCUGGUAUGAACAGCCUGGACCAGGGCAUGGCGGGACUUAAGAUAGGUGGUGCUGCUCCUGGUGGUAACGGGGACUUGGCGCCUAAGGUGGUUGGCUCUGGAUUACCUGGUGGGGGUCCCCUAGGCCCUGUAUCAUCUGUUGGACCUCCCAGCAUGCCUCCUGUCUCAAUUGCCCCUGCCAAGCCUGCCUCCUGGGCUGAUAUUGCCAGCAAACCAGCCAAACCCCAGCCCAAGCUUAAAACUAAGGGUGGCAUGGCUGGUGCUAAUUUGCCUCCUCCGCCCAUUAAACACAACAUGGACAUUGGCACUUGGGACAACAAGGGCACCAUGCCUAAAGCCACCACUCCUCAGCAGGUGCCCCCUAUUCCCAGCAACGGGCAGCCGCCCAAUCAGGCUUCCCCGCAGCCUGGAAGUACUGCUGCGGGGAAUCCACAAAUGCCCCUGAGCAAUGGACAACUGGUUCCACCUGUUUCCCAGAUGGGUCAGCAUCAGCUUCCACCCACUGGGCAGCCAGGUAUGGGUCAGAUGCCCCAGCCUCCUCUCUCCCAGGGUGGUCCUCCUCCACCAAGCCAACAGCAGCAACCAUCUCAACCUACCCGCUGGGUCCCACCACGGAAUAGGGCCAAUGGAUUUGGGGAUACAAGUGGGAGUGGUACAGGCCAGUCACCUCCCUCUUCUUCAGGAGUGGGUGUGGUUCCAGGGGUCCCUUCGGAGCCUCACCCAGUUUUAGAGAAGUUGCGUAUGGUCAACAACUAUAACCCGAAGGACUUUGACUGGAAUCCCAAGCAGGGCAGGGUGUUUAUCAUCAAGAGCUACUCCGAGGAUGACAUCCACCGCUCCAUCAAGUAUAACAUCUGGUGCAGCACGGAGCAUGGCAACAAGAGGCUUGAUGCAGCUUACCGUUCACUGGGUGGUAAAGGACCACUUUAUCUUCUGUUCAGUGUCAAUGGGAGCGGUCACUUCUGUGGUGUAGCAGAAAUGCGCUCACCCGUGGACUACAACACGUCUGCUGGCGUGUGGUCGCAGGACAAGUGGAAGGGUCGUUUUGAUGUGCGCUGGAUCUUUGUUAAGGACGUUCCCAACAGUCAACUGAGGCACAUUCGACUGGAGAACAACGAAAAUAAGCCAGUGACCAACUCUCGGGACACACAGGAGGUGCCACUGGACAAGGCCAGGCAGGUGCUAAAGAUCAUCGCUGGAUAUAAACACACCACUUCCAUCUUCGAUGACUUUUCUCACUACGAGAAGCGUCAGGAAGAAGAAGAGUGUGUGAAAAAGGUGGAGGUCCAAGGCAGUGAGCCAUAUCCCAGCAACCCAAACAACAGAAGUCAUUACAGGCUUCAGGAGCGCCAAGGACGAGUCAAGUAACAGUUGGUGCUUUGGUCAAAGACUGCAAUGGCCCCCUUAAAGCCCUCUCUACCCCAUUACAUCAUUACAUCCAGAUCUCUUAAAGAAAUUCUAAUAGGGGUGAAGAAUUAACAAAGGACAGAAACUAAAUGAAGACUUUGAUUUCUUUUGACUUUAAAGACUUACUUUGAACUUGUAGUAAAAAGAAAAGGAAACAAUUAUUCAUAGGACUACAACUAAAUGCAUAGCAUCCUUAGGUGAAUUUUUUUUUUUUUUUUUUGCCCUCCCCCAUUCCACUACAUAUGCUUUCUCCCCGUGUAUGCUGCUUUUUUCCUUUUUGAAAUGAAAGGAUCAGCUUCUUUUUUUUUUAUUUUUUAUUUUUUAUUUUUUUGUUAAAUGGUCCAAGAGCAGAUCUGUAAUUCUCACUCAAACACACAAAUCAAAUAGAAAUUGUAGUGUUGACUUAUAAUAGUGUCCCAAAGUGGAAAAAUGGGCAGUUUGUCUCAUUUUCUUUGUAACCCCACUACCACCCCCACCCCAAUCUGUCUUUUGAGGAUGCUGAAAUGUUCAACCGGGACCCAGCAGAUUUUCCUCCUCGGUGGAUUUUCAUCGUAGGCGUAUGCCAGCUACGCUCACUCCAGAAUCUCUCUACACGCUUGCCAUGUUUUUGUUUGAGAGGACUGCAAAUGUUCAGAAGGCCCUUCAUUUUGUUUUCCCAGUGUGUUGGAUGGAGUGUGUGGGGUGGUAGGGUAGGGAGGAUCUAAAAGGGGAGGGAAGGGGUUUAAGAGUUCGAAAGCAAAAGCAAUGUUAAGUUGAUAAACCUUGCCCACUGUAUAAUUUUUAAGGUCUAAAAAGAAAAAAAUGGGGCCCUCUGUUGACAGUCUUUGGACCUAAUUUACCCCUUUUUCUUUUUUUCCCCUUCCCUUCCUCCUUUCUCUUGGACAAGUUGAUUUGUUGUUGCUAUGGGCUGCUUUUUUUUGUUUUGUUUCUCUCCUUCCUCCGUUUUCUAAAGACAGUGAUGCGAGUGGCCUUGACCCACUCUUUCUAUUAAUCAGUUCAAAAGUAAUAAAUGUGGUAUAUUAAGCAGAACGGUGUGCAUUCCCCUUGUUUGGAAAGCAGUUUUGUCAUGCAGCAUGUCUGUGCGUUUUGUUUUUUUGUUUUGUUUUAUUUUCCCCUCUCAUAUGGGUAUCUGAAUGUUUCUUCCUGCCAUUCUUCAUCCUCCAAUGCCCCCUCCCCUUUUUAUCCAAGCUUCGAUCCACACUGUGCUGCCCUGCAUUUCUUACCUCAACUUUCCAAACCCGCCUUUGUGCUACACACUCCCGGAUUCCCGUUUCUGCUCAGCCAACCAUACAUACUAUAUCACAAUCAGCUUCGACCAUUUUCAGAAUGUCAUUGUUGGUGAGUAAAAAGCGCAAGGUCCUCUUUCAGAACUACUGGCUUUUAUUUGUGGCAUAAUAAAGAUGCUCCACAAAGUCA